UUUAGCAGCACAGUCAUGCCAACGUUGAGCCCGUGAUUGAGUAGCAGUGCUCCAGGCCCCGUCUGAGCCUCCAGCACCCCACCAGACAGCUGCAGCAUGUCUAGUUCAGGCUUUCCCCCCAGCCAGGGGCCCUUCAGUAGCGAGCAGAGCCGUUACCCACCUCACUCAGUGCAGUACACUUUCAGCUCCACGCGCCACCAGCCGGAGUUCCCGGUACCCGACUACCGUACCCCUCUGCAGGAUCAGCAGCGCCGCAGGCCUUCACUACUAUCCGAAUUCCACCCUGGGACUGAGAGGCCAACGGAGCGCAGACAUGCUUAUGAGCAACAGUUUCAUGCCAUCCCAGCUCAGCAGGAGCAGGAGACUUUCGAGGCCAAGCGUCCCCGCAUCGAGAACGUAUCUGAAACACACUUUCCAAGAGCUCAGCUCACCGGCAUCGUACUGCCCCCUCCACAGACCAUACAGGACAGCAUCAGGACCACUGGAGAUGUCAAGAAGGAAACCCAGUUUAGUGUGAAGGUGGAGGCCUCGUCCCCAGGUGGAGUUCCACAGGUGGGUGAGGAUGCAGACACAUCGCCUUCCAAACUCUCCAAGGAGGAGUUGAUUCAGAGCAUGGACCGCGUUGACCGUGAGAUUGCCAAGGUUGAGCAGCAGAUUUUCAAACUGAAAAAGAAACAGCAACAACUGGAGGAGGAGGCAUCAAAGCCAGUAGAGCCAGAAAAGCCAGUGACGCCGCCCCCUGUGGAACACAAACAUCGCAGCAUCGUCCAGAUAAUUUAUGAUGAAAACCGGAAAAAGGCAGAAGAAGCCCAUAAGAUACUGGAAGGGUUGGGGCCUAAAGUGGAGCUGCCUCUGUACAACCAGCCCUCUGAUACUAAAGUCUACCAUGACAACAUUAAGACGAAUCAGAUGAUGAGAAAGAAACUGAUUCUGUUUUUCAAGAGGAGGAACCAUGCACGCAAACAGAGGGAACAGAACAUUUGCCAGCGGUAUGAUGAGCUGAUGACGGAGUGGGAGAAAAAAGUUGAGCGAAUGGAAAACAACCCACGCCGUAAAGCCAAGGAAAGCCGCACACGUGAAUACUACGAGAGGCAGUUUCCUGAGAUCCGCAAACAGCGCGAGCAACAGGAACGCUUCCAGAGGGUGGGCCAGAGGGGGACAGGCCUGUCUGCCACCAUCGCAAGAAGUGAACACGAGAUAUCCGAGAUCAUUGACGGCCUCUCAGAGCAGGAGAACAAUGAGAAACAGAUGAGGCAGUUGUCUGUCAUUCCUCCCAUGAUGUACGAUUCCGAACAGCGGAGAGUGAAGUUUAUCAACAUGAACGGUCUGAUGGAUGACCCAAUGAAGGUCUACAAAUCCCGCCAGUUCAUGAAUGUCUGGACCGAACACGAGAAGGAGAUCUUCAAGGAGAAGUUUGUGCAGCAUCCAAAAAACUUCGUGCUCAUUGCUUCAUUUCUGGAGAGAAAGGUGGGUUUUCUGUUUUGUGACUUUGAGUAUGGUGGACUGCUGUCACACCCAGGAUGUCCCUGGAUGUUCAUCAGUGGAUGUUUGAACAGCUUUUUCGGAGAAAGAGGGAGGGUUGGAGAAUGUGUGUGUACGCGAGACACCCCUCCUGAGCUGCGCAGUGGUAUGCACCGUUUGUACCGACACCAGUGGGAAAGUUGUGGAGCAGCUUGCUGUGCCAAUCAAAAUCCUGAUGGGGCUGGGUUAAGAUCGAUAACACGGCCGUCACAGGAAGACAAGACAGACGACAAGAACGAAGAGGACAGAUCAGAGAAAUCAGAGAAGAAAGAGGACGACGAGGAGAAGAAGGAAGAGGAGGAGAAAGAUGAAAAAGAGGACUUUAAGGACAUCAGUAAAGAUAAAGAGAAGUGUGAGGGAGAGGAAGAAGAGGGUAAGGAGCAAAGCACGCCACGCGGCCGAAAGACCGCCAACAGCCAGGGACGUCGUAAGGGCCGCAUCACCACCCGCUCCAUGGCCAAUAAUGAAGCUGCAUCUGUGGUGGCAGAGGAACCACCUCCACCGCCACCUGAACCAGUUCUGCCGGAGCCCACACCCCCCUCUAAAACUGAGCCGGUGCAGAAACAGGCACGAGAGCCAGCAAAACUCUCUCCCACAGCCAGCACAGAGACACGAGGCGCAGUUGAAGCUGGAGAGACGUCUCGCUGGACGGAGGAGGAGAUGGAGAUCGCCAAAAAAGGGCUGGUUGAACAUGGUAGGAACUGGCCAGCCAUUGCUAAGAUGGUAGGCACUAAGAGUGAAGCUCAAUGUAAGAACUUUUACUUCAACAACAAGAGACGAUACAACCUAGACAAUCUACUACGCCAACACAAGGGUUCCCGGCGGCUCUGUGGAAAUCGAGACCCAUCACAGAGCGAUCCUGCGCCUGAUGACGAUGAGGAGAGUGACGGUCCCGAUUACAGUUCAGACACAGAGAGUGCGCCUUCUCCAACUCAAACUGAUCCCUCCAAAUUCGACGCGCCAACUCAUCCCAACUCAGCUCUGGACGGCGUGUCGGACCAGGACGUCACGCCAACCAAAGGCCCAGUGGCAGAUGCCAAGGGCCAGGAGCCUCCGUACGGCGAGCUACGGGUGAAAGUAGAGAAGAGUCCGGAAGGAGGAGCUGGAGACGGGCUUCCUCAGGAUGAGCGCACACGCUCGGCAUAUGAAAUGCAGAUCCAUCCAAAAAGUGAGACACAGGAUGUGGAGAUGAACGCUUCGAGCUGCGAAAGAGCGCAGGUGCAAGUGAAGACUGAGCCGGAGGUCAAGGACAAGGAGGAGAAACAGCACUCCGAUAAUGACUCUAGCGCCACCUGCAGUGCGGAUGAGGAUGUGGAGGCUGAACCUGACCGACAAGGACUUUUCUCUCUGGAGAAGCCGUCAUUGCUUGGCGCUGCAGGCUCAGUGGUCGUGUCCUCAGCCAAAUUCCUCAACAUGCUGCAGCUACAGAAGCGGGCCGCCACCAUCCCCCCUAUGGUUUCAGCUCAAUUCGGUCACAGCAGCGUUCCCGGAGGACCGUUGAGCGGCUUUGCUAUGUUCCAGCACCAAAUCAAAGCUGUACAUGAGUCCGUGCAGGAGGACAAACAGAGACUGGAUCAGAACGAGUCUGACCGCAGGCCGCGAGUCACCACCCACAACCCCAAUGUAGUGGACCGAGAAGGUAAGCCAUUCACUUACAUGCCAUUUGACCUGAAGCUGAUGGAGCAGGAAUCUCACGGUGGAGCGGGCAGACCGGGUUCUCCGUACAGACUCUCUCCUCGCGAGCCUAGCAAAGCCUCACCCCAGCCCGACGGCAGUAACGCCACCCGCUACAGUGUACCUCCAGUUCUUCAACCGGCACCAAACCAGGCGGUUCAGAAUCUUUCAGAUGUUCGCAUGACGUUUUCCCGUCACAGGCCGGCCAACAUUCCGUCUCCUCCACCCCUCAUUCCCACUUCCAAACCCACCGACAAGCCCUCCUUCAUUCAGGGAGGCUCCAUUUCACAGGGAACGCCAGGAACGUACCUUCCUUCUCAAACGCAUGCUGUGUACGUACCGGAGGUAGUUAAGACCACAGGGGGGUCGAUCUCGCUCGGUUUACCAAGACAGCAGGACCCUGCCAAACCUGUGUCAUAUAUUAAGCAGGAGGAGUGUUCUCCACGUGGACAGAGCGCUCAGGCGGAGGGUCUCUUAUCCAGAGCUCAGUAUGAGGGAGUUGUCAGAGGACCCAUGCAGAUUCCAGACAUGAGAGGGCCACCUGGAAAAGGCCCAGAGGGCUUGAAUUUCAGAGGAGGCUCCAUUACGCAGGGCACUCCUGCCCUGACUCAGUCCAAUGUAGCAGCGGAUCUGUUGAAAGGCACUAUUGCUAAACUGGCCACAGAGGACCUGAGCGGCCCAGAGAAGAGCCGAGCUGAUGCUCAUUCUAAACCUCAUGUUAUCUACGAAGGCAAAAGCGGACACAUCCUCUCUUUUGAUGCCAUUAAGAACCCUAGAGAGGGCACUAGAAGCCCACGAAUGGGGCACGAUCUCAAGCGCUCAUAUGACAUCAUGGAGGGGUCCCGUGGACACCCAACACGUGAGACCGCACCUUAUGAAGGUUUGAUCAGCAGAGCAUUGCCAAGAGAAAGUCCUCACGAGUCAAAGGAUCGAUCCUUACUCACAGGAUCCAUCAUGCACGGAACACCAAGAGCCUCUGCUGAAGUCUAUGAUGAGGCCUCCAAGUACGGUAAACAGAUCAAGAGGGAAAGUCCACCCAUACGCUCUUUUGAGGGAGGCAUCACAAAGGGUAAACCGUAUGAGGGGGUGAACACCAUAAAGGAGAUGGGCCGCUCAAUUCACGAGAUUCCCCGUAAGGAGACUCAAGACAGUCGUAAAACUCCUGUUCUGGAAGGAUCCAUUACUCAGGGUAUUCCUCUGAAGUACGAGAGCAGUACUGUGAACCCGUCAGCCAUCAAGCACAAUGUUAAAUCUCUGAUCACAAGCCCAGUGAAGAUCUCACACUCUGUCAUUGAGGCAGCUGAGCGCGAGAGGGCCAAGUACGAGGAUGCGAAGACUUCCGAACGCGUCCGGCACACCUCUGUAGUGAACUCCACAUCUGUCCUUCGCUCCACACACACAGAAGCGGGAAUAUCUCAGCUCAGUCCAGGCAUGUAUGAGGACAGCAAUGCACGCAGAACCCCUACAUACACCGGCACCUCCAUAUCCAGAGGUUCACCUCUGCUGCGAGGGCAAGACGGAAGUGUAACAACAGGUAAACCAGCUUCUCAUGAGAGGAAGAACACACUGACUCCCACCCAGAGGGACAGUGUGCCCGCCAAGUCACCUGUGUUGGGGGGUGAACCUCUUGCUUCUCACAGCCCGUUUGACCCCCACCAUAGACCUGUGGCACCUGGAGAGAUGUACCGGACUCACCUACCACCACACUUGGACCCCAGCCUCGCUUUUCACCACAGAGUCCUCGACCCAGCGUACAUGUUCCCACGGCAACAGUCGCCGACCGGUUACCCCAACACAUACCAGCUGUACACCAUGGAAAACACUCGGCAGACCAUUCUGAACGAUUACAUCACCUCGCAGCAGAUGCGCCCUGAUAUCGCGAGGGGACUGUCACCACGGGAAACGUCCAUUGCCAUCCCAUACCCACCAGCUAGAGGAAUAAUUGAUCUAGCCCAGAUGCCACCUACCAUCCUGUUACCUCACCCUGGGGGGACAGUUUCCCCCUCCCUGGAACGCAUCACCUACAUCCCUGGACCUCAGACCCCUUUCCCUCCUAGGGCAUUCAACCCUGCCUCCAUAUCUCCAGGACAUCCUGCCCAUCACAGUGCCACUGCAGCUAUUGUGGAGAGGGAGAGAGAGAGUCAGAGAGAGAAGGAACGCGAGAGGGAAAGGGAAAGAGAGCGGGAGCGAGAGAGAGAUCAGAGAGAACGGGAACGCGCAGCGGUAGAAUAUAUGCGUGGAGUUUCUGAGCAACCUGGCCGACCAGGCAGCCGUAGUUUUCUGCGUUCCUCUUCACCCUCUGUGAGAUCACAGGAGGGCGUCCUCCAACAGCGGCCGAGCAUCUUCCAGGGCACCAACUCCAAGAGUGUCAUUACACCACUCAUGCAAAUGCCCUCACAAGCAGCUGCAGCUCAAGCCAGCCGAUACAGCAAUGCAGCUGAUGCCCUCGCCGCCCUGGUGGACGCUGCUGCCUCUGCCCCGCAGAUGGAUGUUGCAAAAGUCAAGGAGGGCAAGCAUAAUAACAGUAGCUCCCGGGAUGAUGACAUGAUGACAUCACGACGGGCAGCACAGGAGUCGCAAGAGGUGGAGCGCCGUUCCGUACAGUCACCAUAUGGGGACGUGUCACUUCCUAGUGGGAAACCUUCCCAUCCUGUGUAUGCAGAGGGUGGAGGAGCUGCGGGGAGCAAAGAGAAAGCCCCACCCACCAAGUCACGCAUGGAGGAGGAGCUACGCACACAUGGGAAGACCACCAUAACUGCUGCAAACUUUAUUGAUGUCAUCAUCACGCGCCAGAUUGCCCCAGAUAAGGACCCCCGUGAGAGAGGCUCACAGAGCUCUGACUCCUCCAGCAGCAUGUCAUCCAGUCGUUAUGAGACUCAGGGUGGAAUUGAGGUGAUCAGCCCAGCUAACUCUCCAGCCCUAAGAGAAGAGAAGAACGAAGGACCUUUCCCAUCAGAAAAGAGCUCAGGAUUAAGGUUUGACAUUAACCGGUUCAUGCAGUCAGGAGAUUCAGGACCUUCUGCACCUCAACAGCCCCCCUCCUUGCACGCAGACAGUUAUGGGCCCGUCCCGAAAACACACCGCAUCAUGACCCUUGCUGACCACAUUUCGCAUAUCAUUACGCAAGACUUUGCCAAGAGCCAGGAUCCUCCCCCAUCAUCCAGCUCGCUGCCUUCCUCUUCAUCCUCCUCCUCGCUCUCCUCCACUUUCCAGAGCUCUGGUGUGGGAGGUGUUGUAGGUCGAGUUAAACCCCAUAACCGCUAUAGCCCAGAAAACCCAGCUCCUACUGCACACCACCAGAGACCACCAAGCAGAGUAUCUCCCGAGAACUCCUCCGAUAAACCAAGAGCCAGGCCAGGUAGGUCUCCUGAUCGAGGACGAGGACCAGAGAACUAUGAGCCCAUCUCUCCUCCUCAGGGUUAUUCUGGGUUGGAUAAACAGGAAGCCACUGUAGUGCAGAGUCCGAGACGAGAGCAGGAUCUCCCUGAACAGAGGACUGACUCGCGGUCACCAGGCAGCAGCAGUUACCUCCCCUCAUUCUUCACCAAACUGGAAAGCACGUCUCAUAUGGUUAUGUCCAAAAAGCAGGAGAUCUUCCGGAAAGCAGAAGUCGGUAAUGCUCAGCCAGGCACAGAGAUCUUCAAUCUCCCAGCAGUAACAACAUCAAGCAGUGUAAACCCUAGAAACCACUCGUUUAGUGAUCCAGCCAGUAAUCUGGGUCUGGAGGACAUCAUCAGGAAAGCUCUGAUGGGGAACAUGGAGGAGAAGCAGGAGGAGCCACAGCAGCAGCAAGCCCAGCUGGGGACAGGAAACAGCUCAGGCAGCAUGAGCAGUAUUUCAGACGGUCGACAGGAGGCCAGCCCAUCCCCUAACACAGCAGGAAAGCAGAAGCUUCAGAGCAAAGCUAGCAGCAGGAAAUCAAAGUCUCCUAACCCAGGCCAGGCAUACUCUGCUGGAGAGCGGCCCUCUUCUGUAUCCUCGGUUCAUUCGGAGGGCGAUUACCACAGACAGGCUCCCACCUGGGCUUGGGAGGACCGGCCAUCGUCCACAGGUUCCAUGCAGUUCCCCUAUAACCCCUUGACGAUGCGCAUGCUCAGUAGUACCCCUCCCACCUCCAUGGCCUGCCCAUCUCCCUCCAUGCAGUCCCAGCAGCAGCAGCCACAGGGUGGCGCCUCUGGCCCCGUGGCCUCAACGCGCGCAUGGGAGAGAGAGCCACCGCUACUGUCAGAGCAGUACGAGACCCUCUCGGACAGCGACGACUGAGGCAGGUGAUCGCCUCCCUCUCCUACACAAGCAUCCAUGCCCCACUCCUGUUCACCAUCGCCCUCCUUUCGCUGUCUUUAUGAAUCCCACUCACUGCCAUUUGAGUGAGAUUCUGCUGGGAAGGAGGACGUACAUUUGGUGCUACUUUGGUGCCCAUUGGUGGUCAGAGAGAGCAUUGCAGAGAGCCACUGAUUUUCAGGAUUUAAAUCCGAUGCUUUGAUUUAUUAUUUUUUUUGGCCCAUUUGGGGACGAGAACUAGACAAAUCCCAAGUGAAUAGAGACGUGAACGUCAAAAGGAUGAAGAACUUGUAAAGAGACUUGUUUGCUGAAAAUUUGUUUCUGUAAAGAUUUUUUUCAUUAAAAAAGAAAAAAUCAAUGUCUGUAAAUAGAGUAACCUUUUGCAGUGUUUUUCCUUUAACUCGUUUUUUUUUCUUUCUGCAUUUUAACAUUUCUUUUUAAAUUUAUCCCAGUUGGAUGGAUCGGUGGGUGCAACAAGACACUGUGGAGAUUAUUGUGGUCAGUCGGGCGAAGAGCAUUGAGCUUCCAGCAUCUGAAAGUAAUGGUCUAAUCGAAACUACUCCAAAUAAAACGCAAAAAGGACUUCAUUAACUUUGUCCCUCCAGAUGCGGAGCCUGUCUGUGCAGCACUGUUGAGAUGUUCUCUGCCCUGUUACUUUAGGGAGGAAGUCUCAAUCAUUCGUCAGCUGUAUUAGGAGGACAAGACAUCAGCCUUUUUUUUGGUGUAGGAGCUCGUCUGAUUCACUUCAGACAUGAGAUGAAUGUUUCUUCUGUUUUUCUCUCUCUUUUUCUUUUCAAAUUGGUUCUAGUCUUCAGUAGUGGCCUGUUGCAGAUCUGUUUAGAGCGUUUGGCCCUGCGGUUGAAUGUCUGACAGUUUGACACUCUUUAUCACAUCUUUAUCUUGUGGUUGCUAACUGUUCUAACAGGGCUUAUCUUAGAAGUUGUACAAGGUCCGCCACCCCUCCCCAGUAACCUUUUUGCUUUUUGAAGAUUAAUUUGUUUCUAGGGAGAAUAUACUUGUAAAUCCUCUUUUACUAAUCAUAAAGGAGCACGUAUAACGUGUAUGUUCUAUCAACGUGUGAUUUUCUUAGACCACAAAACAAAAAUACAAAGAUAAAAAGAGGAAGUACCGAACUUGAUACAUCUCUGCACCAUUGUUGCACUUUUUUUCUUUAGUAAUUUUGAGAAUCUUCAAAUCAUACUACCUGUAAUCUAAGUUAUUCAAUGUCAUGAAGAGGUCUGGGACGCUUUCAGAUAUAUUCAUGUUUCAGCUCUAUCUGCAUUUUCAAUUCUUGGAAAUUUGAGCUAGUUUUUUUUUCUAAACUUGGAUUAAGCGUAUAAAAUCGGUACCAUUUAUCUUAGCUGCUGCCGAGUAGCAGCACUUGAUCAGAGAUCUGAAUAUCUCUGUCUGAAAGUGAAUAAGCUCAGUUUUAGUUACUUGCAGAAAUAGUUCAAUGUGAUGAAAGCUAAUGGAGGCAUCUCUUGAUCCUGCUUUUUUCCCCACUUCAUGUGCUUCUGCUUUGUUUGAAUAACACCACCUUUAAUAUGAUGGUUUCGUUUUCUUCAGAAGUCUAAAAAAUGUUGAGCUCAUGUUUGGAUUUUUUUUCCACAUUCUUUUUAUUUUAUUAUAUUUUUCAGCAUCCAUGUUAUAUUCAUCCCGUUUUAACGGGAUGUCAAGUGUUUACAAUGGCAUUGACAAAAAAUGGUGAAACUUGAAUCUUAAAGAAAAUUAAAAUUGCUCAUCACGUCAGUCUAUUUUACAGUCCAGUUUUGCAAGGGUGACUUUCUUUUUUUUUUCUGGUCUGUUCUGAAUCAAGACUUCAAAAAGUAACUUGUCCCCUGAUUUUGAAAAUCCAGUGUUUGUAUCACUGUCUCCUCAGUAGUGGAUAAGAAAUGUGCAGACCAAUCAAUAAAGUAGAACAGAGCUCCACCUCUCUGAAACAAACAGUGCUGUA